ACCAGAAAGAUGGCCGGGAACGAUUGGGUGAACAGUUACUUGGAGGCGAUUCUCGACGUCGGUCAGGGUCUUGAAGAUGCUCGCUCCUCGCUUCUUCUUAGGGAGAGAGGUCGAUUCACUCCCAGCCGUUACUUUGUUGAAGAAGUCAUUACUGGCUUCGAUGAGACUGAUCUUCAUAGAUCCUGGGUUAAGGCUGUUGCUACGAGGAGUCCACAGGAGAGGAACACACGGUUAGAGAAUAUGUGUUGGAGGAUCUGGAAUCUUGCUCGUCAAAAGAAGCAGCAUGAGGAAAAGGAAGCACAGAGGCUGGCUAAGCGCCGGCUUGAGCGUGAGAGAGGUCGUAGGGAGGCAACAGCUGAUAUGUCUGAGGAGUUUUCAGAAGGAGAGAAAGGAGAUGCCAUCACUGAUAUUUCUACUCUUAGUGAAAGCACCAAACCAAGGUUGCCCAGGAUUAAUUCUGCUGAGUCCAUGGAGAUAUGGGCUAGCCAACAGAAGGGAAAUAAGCUGUAUCUUGUUUUGAUCAGUCUUCAUGGUCUCAUACGUGGUGAAAACAUGGAGCUCGGUCGCGAUUCUGAUACCGGUGGCCAGGUUAAAUAUGUUGUAGAACUUGCACGCGCCUUGGGUUCAAUGCCAGGAGUUUAUAGGGUUGACUUGCUUACUAGACAAGUGUCUUCACCAGAUGUUGACUAUAGCUAUGGCGAACCGACGGAGAUGCUGACUCCUAGAGAUUCUGAAGAUUACUCGGACGAGAGGGGGGAGAGUAGCGGUGCUUAUAUUGUGAGAAUACCAUUUGGUCCAAAGGACAAGUAUAUUCCAAAAGAACUUCUAUGGCCUCACAUUGCUGAAUUUGUUGAUGGUGCUAUGAACCACAUCAUGCAAAUGUCAAAUGUUCUCGGCGAGCAAGUUGGUGUUGGGAAGCCUAUUUGGCCUGCUGCCAUCCAUGGACACUAUGCUGAUGCUGGUGACGCCGCUGCUUUGCUCUCCGGUGCACUUAAUGUGCCUAUGCUCCUUACUGGCCACUCACUUGGUCGGGAUAAGUUAGAGCAGCUUUUGAGACAAGGCCGCCUUUCAAAAGAAGAAAUCAAUUCUACUUACAAGAUUAUGCGUCGAAUAGAGGGUGAGGAAUUAUCUCUUGAUGUUUCUGAAAUGGUAAUAACUAGCACGCGACAGGAAAUCGAUGAGCAAUGGAGAUUGUAUGAUGGUUUUGACCCCAUAUUGGAGCGCAAAUUGCGAGCUCGGAUGAAGCGGAAUGUUAGCUGCUAUGGACGGUUCAUGCCUCGCAUGGUUAAAAUUCCACCUGGGAUGGAGUUCAAUCAUAUUGUCCCACAUGGUGGUGAUAUUGAAGACACAGAUGGGAAUGAGGAACAUCCAACUUCUCCAGAUCCACCAAUAUGGGCUGAGAUAAUGCGUUUCUUUUCAAAUUCCCGAAAGCCUAUGAUACUUGCCCUUGCGAGGCCCGAUCCAAAAAAGAAUAUCACAACGUUAGUGAAGGCAUUUGGAGAAUGCCGUCCACUGAGAGAGCUUGCUAACCUGGCACUUAUUAUGGGGAACCGAGAUGGGAUUGAUGAAAUGUCCAGCACAAGUUCUUCGGUUCUCCUUUCUGUUCUAAAGCUAAUUGACAAGUAUGAUCUCUAUGGUCAAGUUGCGUAUCCUAAACAUCACAAACAGUCGGAUGUUCCAGACAUAUAUCGCCUUGCUGCAAAGUCGAAGGGUGUUUUUAUCAAUCCUGCUAUCAUUGAACCAUUUGGACUUACUCUAAUAGAGGCUGCAGCUCAUGGUUUGCCUAUGGUUGCUACACAAAAUGGUGGUCCUGUAGAUAUACACCGGGUCCUGGACAAUGGCCUUCUCGUGGAUCCUCAUGAUCAGCAGUCUAUUUCUGCAGCUCUUCUUAAGCUUGUUGCUGAUAAGCACCUAUGGUCAAAGUGUCGCCAAAACGGGUUGAAGAAUAUUCACCAAUUCUCUUGGCCAGAGCACUGCAAAACUUAUCUAUCUCGCAUAACCAGCUUCAAACCAAGACAUCCGCAAUGGCAAAGUGAUGAUGGCGGUGAUAAUUCAGAACCCGAGUCACCUAGUGAUUCUUUGAGAGAUAUACAAGAUAUAUCCUUGAACUUAAAGUUUUCAUUUGACGGAAGUGGGAAUGAUAAUUACAUGAACCAAGAAGGGAGCUCCAUGGACAGGAAGAGCAAAAUCGAAGCUGCUGUCCAAAAUUGGUCUAAAGGCAAAGAUAGCCGCAAAAUGGGAUCACUGGAGAGGUCAGAGGUUAACUCUGGAAAAUUCCCGGCGGUGCGGAGAAGGAAGUUCAUUGUUGUUAUUGCUAUUGAUUUUGAUGGGGAGCAAGACACGCUAGAGGCUACAAGAAGGAUUCUUGAUGCGGUUGAAAAGGAAAGAGCUGAUGGAUCUGUUGGAUUCAUACUGUCGACAUCUCUAACGAUCUCUGAGAUACAAUCUUUCUUGGUGUCAGGGGGCUUAAACCCUAAUGAUUUUGACGCUUUCAUAUGCAACAGCGGCAGCGAUCUCCACUACACAUCCCUCAACAACGAAGACGGUCCUUUUGUUGUUGACUUUUACUACCACUCUCAUAUAGAAUAUAGGUGGGGUGGUGAAGGGCUGAGGAAGACUUUGAUCCGUUGGGCAUCUUCACUUAACGAUAAAAAGGCUGAAAAAGACGAGCAGAUAGUCACUCUUGCUCGCUAACCGGAGCUAUCCUCUCACCGAUGUGAUCUCCUUAGAGAGCAGCAACGUGGUUCACGCACCGGCAGAUUCGGAUGUUCGUGAUGCCCUGAAGAAACUAGAGCUUAUCAAGGAGUGAGAGCCUGAAAUAAGAGGAACAGAAUUCCAAUCAUCAAUGGUUGGUACAAAAUGCGAACUAUCUUUUUCAAUUGACCACAUGGUUUGGUGUGUUUGCUACUUCGUCGUACAUAAGCUGCCGGAAAUACCAAACUCUUCUCCAUAUGGUUGUCUUUUUGACACCCACCGGAUUUUACUAAAUUUAUGCAAAGUAUUGUAAUAAAUAAUAAGAGCAUAUUCCCGGUAUUUAUUUAAUUAAGAGAACAAAAUUAAAUACA